AUGCGCUACUUUACCAACACUCAUGACUACGACCAUUCGUGGUCGCAGGUCGCGAUCGGGAUGUGGCACAAGUACCCGAACCCGCACUGCUCGCACGUCAUGUCCGUCGACGUCGUCGACCGGUCCGUGGACCCAAACACGGGCAUCAUCCGCACGGAGCGCAUCCUCGGCUGCAAACAGCGCGCGCCGACGUGGAUCCUCAAAGUCUUCGGCGGCUCCGAAGACGCGUUCGUGCGCGAGAUCUCGUUCGUCGAUCCCGCGGCGCAGACGACCACCAUCUCCUCGGUCAACCUGAGUUUGGCGCAGUUCGCGGUGUGCAACGAGAUGAUUCGGUAUUCGCCGAAUGGAAGGGAUCGGACGACGUUUGAGCAGACGGCGCACAUUGAGACGAGGGUGGAGAUGUGGAGGAGUGUGGCGGAUAGGCUCGAGGGGUGGCUUGCGAGUCGGUUCGAGCAGAAUGCGGAGAAGGGCAAGGAGGGGUUUACCGAUGUUUUGAGGAGUCUGUGGAGGCAGGACGAGCCUCAGCACGCAUGA